AUGGCGCCCCAGUUCCUCUUUGUCAACAAAGAUGCGGCUAGCGCGUCCCUGACGCGCAGUAAUGCCCUUGAGCAAACGUCCAUCAACUCCCAUGUCCAACGCGGUCGUCGACAUAAACGGUCCGCGCAUAACAAAGGCCGCGCCGCCAACCAGGGCCGCUCUGCUAACAACCCAGGCAGGAAAGGCGAUGGCGACGAUGAACCUGAUCUUGGUUCGAGCAGCGCAAAAGCGGCCUCUGCCUCUGCCUCCUCUCUUCCAGAGGGCGAGACUUCUCAAAGCGGGGUCAAGAUCCCAACGUCGCCAUCUUCUCGUUCUAAGCCCAAAUCCAAAAAUGCUCGUAUCACAGCAUCUGGCAAGGCGCGACCAAAGGUGCAAUUCAACAAGCGCUCCGAUCGUGGCCAAUCGCCGCAGAAUGUCAAGUCCCCCAAAAACAGUGACAGAGCCAUCCUGCUACUAAACCCUUCCAGCCCUCUGAAUUCUCCCCGAGACAUCAGUCAAGUCACAUCGACCUCCAUUGAUCCUUUUGGCCAUUCGGUUGUCAAAAUGGAUCCCCAUGUUGCAGAGCUUUGUCGUUACUUCCGUGACAAGUUUCAUCCCAGUGUUUGGCACGCGGAGAGCUGGACUCUCAAGGGCCAGUAUACUCACCAAAGCACUUCCGGUGCCAUAAUCCAACGUGCAAUGCAGAACGAAGUGGAAAUGAACGCCAUAUUGGCCUGUAUGGCGGCCAGGAUCGAAAAUGUUGAUCUCAUUCCAGGCCAACAAACUGAUAGGUUCAUGGGCAAUGCGCUCUUUGCGGUAAGGAAGCGAUUCAGUUCACUCAAUGCGGCUUCAAAACAUCAGCUACUUUUGAUCAUCUUUCACCUCUACGCAGGCGAAGCAUACCGACAAAAUUGGCAAGCAGCCAGGAUACACAUGCGCGCCGCGAAAGAUAUGUUCAAUUCCUGGGGUGGGCUGGCCCAUGUCCCUGAUCAGUCCAUCAGGGAAUCGUUCAUCAUCGGUGACGGCAACGUAUCUGCCUGCCUUAUGGAACCGUGUGAGCUACCCUGCGAAUACGAUCCAGGCCCCUACUUCACGGUCACGCCUCCUGAGAUGCUCUUGGAAGCGCCCCGAGAUCUAAGCACUAUAGCACCUGCCUUCCAGGGUAUCUUGGCGGAUGGCUACCUCCCUGAUGACCUCGUUGAGAUCCUUCUCGAGACCGUCGAAUGUGCCUGGGUGCUCCGCUAUGCUCGCACGGGCACAUCACCACAGGCGGCCAAGCACGCUGCAAGAUGGCUUCUGUGGCGCAACUCAGCUGUGCGGUACCGGAUCCUAGCCAUCAAAUACACAGACAUGGUCCACGAAGCUAUUCGCACGGCCCUGUUUAUCUGGAUUGUGACGGCAAUGGUAGUGCCGCUCGGAGUAAUGAGAAUAGCUGACCUCAACGCUCCAAGGCUCAUGCGGGCCCUUCAGUCUGCCAAAUGGCCGACGCAUGAAUGGAAGGGCUUGUUGGAAAUCAAAAUGUGGGUGCUCGCGAUUGGUGCCCAAGCUGCUCGCCUCGAUAGUUACGAGGAAAAAUGGUACCUGGACCAGCUCUUCGAAGUCGGCUUGCCGGAGAAAAUUCGAAGAUUUCGGGAACACAAUCCGGACUUUGAGACGGUAGAUGUCUUGAAGCAGUUUCAUCAAAGGUUCUUCUACUAUGAGCCCAUUCAACAAGCAAGAUUGCAAAGACUUGCACACCUCAUCGGGGGCAGGGUAGACUUUGGUUCCAGAAGUCCGAGCGAUAGGACUAGCAAAUCUCGAUCUCCACCUUGA